AUGGCGAUCUGUACUUAUAACGCACGUACGCUUGCAUCGGAAGCGGCCAUCGAAGAUCUGAUGAUGCAAGCCAAGAAGAUCAAGUACGACGUCAUCGGACUGACCGAGACGAGACGACGUCACCCUCUCAACGCCGUAUAUGAAACUGGAGAAGAACUGUUCUUAGGAACAUGCGACAGUAGAGGUGUUGGUGGAGUUGGCGUCCUCGUCAACACGAGUAUGGCAAAGAACAUCGACUCUUUUGAACAACUUACGACCCGAAUCGGACGUCUGCGGAUGAGAAGAUGUGGCCCAAUACCAGCUUUGACUAUCUUCGUCGUUUACGCUCCAACAUCAAGCUACGAAGAAGAAGAAGUCGAAGCUUUCUAUAUGGACCUGGAGAAGUUCUACCAAGAAGAUCAUGCCUUCUACAAGGUCAUAGUUGGCGAUUUCAACGCUAAGGUUGGCCCAAGAAGAACGCCGGAGGAACUUCACAUCGGGACCCACGGCCUACAAUGGAAUGACCAGGGAGAGAGGCUCUCCGAGUUCAUCAUGACGACUAAGACCAUCCAUGGGAACUCGCAAUUUCAGAAGCCCUCUUCUUUACGCUGGACGUGGGAGUCACCCGGUGGAGGGUACCGUAAUGAAAUAGACCACAUCAUCGUCAAUAAAAGGUUCUGCCUGACGGACGUCGGUGUUGUACCAAAGUUCUAUACGGGAUCGGACCAUCGCCUCCUCCGAGGAAGAUUUUCCUUCACAAGGAGAGCAGAGAAAGCCGCCAAGUUCAGAGAGAGAAAUCCCAGGACUACCAUCAACUGGGAUCUCUUCGCUACGCUAGCCGGCUUUUGGGAAGAUUCUGCAAUGGACAACAUCGACGAGGAAUAUGACCGGCUUGUCGAACACCUUCACGACUGCGCGAAGAAGGCUGAGAGUUUUAAAACCACCAAGAGGCGCCUGUCUCUUGAAACUCUUGAGCUGAUACGCCAGCGUGGAGCAGCACGAGCCGCAGGGAACCAAGAACUCACGUCCGAGCUCGCAAGGCUUUGCCGAGAGGCGAUAAAGGAAGACCUUAAAGAGAGAAGAGCAGAAGUGCUGGCUGAAGCUGCAGAGGCGGGGAAAAGCAUCCGCUAUGCCCGUCGAGACUUCGCCAGUCGCAAGACGAGGAUGACUGCUCUCCGGAACCCAAAGGGAACAGCCAUUGCAUCGAGAAGGGGGAUGGAGAAAAUCAUCUACGACUUCUACUCUGAUCUCUUCGACAGCCAUGUCCACUUGCCUCCUCACCAUCUGAGGGAAGAUGGACAAGUCAUUCCAGAGGUUCUCCCGUCCGAAAUACGACAUGCUAUCAUGUCGGUAAGAAAUCGUACGGCACCCGGUCCCGACAGAAUAAGACCAGAACACCUGAAGAGCCUUCCGCCAGUACUCAUCAACACCCUGGCGAGGCUCUUUACACGUUAUCUGUCGGAAUGCAAGGUUCCUAAACAGUGGAAGACCAGCAAGACCGUGUUGUUGUAUAAAAAGGGAGAUCCACAUGACAUCGGCAACUAUCGCCCAAUCUGCCUACUGUCCGUCAUCUACAAGCUCUUUACAAGAGUAAUCCUUAAUAGGAUUGAAAAAGUCUUGGAUGAAGGACAGCCAUGCGAGCAAGCAGGGUUUCGAAAAGGAUUCAGCACGAUUGACCACAUUCACACUGUUUCGAAACUCAUCGAGGUAUCACGAGAGUACAAGAUGCCGCUCUGUCUCACCUUCAUCGACUUAAAGAAGGCUUUCGACUCGGUUGAGACGGAAGCGGUCGUGGAAGCCUUGGACAACCAAGGCGUCCCUACUCAAUAUAUAAAGGUACUUCGAGAGUUGUACAGUAACUUCACGACCGGAAUUUCGCCAUUCUACAAGAACAUCGUCAUUGACGUGAAGAGGGGGGUCCGACAGGGUGAUACAAUUUCACCCAAAAUAUUCACAGCCACCCUCGAGAACGCAAUGCGAAAGUUGGAAUGGGACGACAUGGGAGUGAAGGUUGAUGGUCGGCAGCUACACCAUUUGCGCUUUGCUGAUGACAUCGUACUGGUAACACCUAGCAUCAGCCAAGCGGAACGAAUGCUGACCGAAUUCGACGAAACAUGUGGAUGCAUCGGUCUUCAGCUGAAUCUACAAAAGACGAUGUUCAUGCGGAACGGAUGGGUCUCGGAUGCCCCAUUCACGCUCAACGGAACGAACAUAUCCGAAUGCACCAGCUACGUUUAUCUGGGUCGGGAACUGAACAUGAUGAACGACCUGACCCCCGAGCUGGGCAGGAGGAGACGAGCGGCUUGGGGAGCGUACAAGAGCAUCGAGGAUGUAGUGAAGAAGACCAGGAACACCCGGCUCCGUGCUCACCUCUUCAACACCACCGUACUUCCUGCUUUGACCUAUGCUUCGGAAACCUGGGCAUUUCGCAAGCAGGAAGAAAACGCGGUGAGCGUCAUUGAACGCGCAAUUGAGAGAGUGAUGCUAGGAGUAUCCCGUUUCACGCAAGUGAGGGACGGGAUUCGAAGUUCUCUCCUACGUCAGCGAUCGAAGAUUAGAGACGCUGCCGCGUUUGCCAAGGAAAGUAAAAUAAGGUGGGCCGGACACGUGAUGCGCUUUAAUGACAACCGUUGGACCAGAGCCGUGAGCGACUGGGUUCCCCGCGAUAUUAAGCGCACUACAGGAAGACCGCCGACCCGAUGGUCAGAUUUCUUCACGAAGUCCUUGAAAGAAAAAUAUGAUGCUCUUCGUGUCCCACGCGAAAGGAGGAACCACUGGGCUACUCUGGCACGCGAUCGGGACAAAUGGAAGAAUUACUGGCGCCCGCUCGACCAGUUCGAAGAUCAACGGGAGUCAAGGUGA